UGAAAGGACUAUGGCAUCAGAGCAAACCAAGGAUGAGGGGCCUGUUCCUGAGAAAUCCACUGCAGGCCAGCUGGCCCCACGAGACUCAGACCCAUACAAAGAACUCGACAAUUUGCCUGUGAGCAUAAGUGACCUUUCUAUACAAGAAAAUGAGAGUGAUCCCCUAUCAUUGGAAGCUGCCGAUCAUAGCCAACCAAUAACAAGUGAGAGUACAGGAGAUGCUCAUUCAGGAGGAGCAGAAAGAGAUCCUGGGAUAUUGCCGACCGAUGCAUCACUGCUGGCUGCAGAAAACAAAGGAGAAGAACCUAUGCCCAGAGCAGUAGGACACUCUGGUGCUGUUUCCAGAGAGGCGCAGGCGUGUUCCUCAAAUGAAGAGCUGUAUCAAUCUGAUUCAGAGGGUUCAGACAGUGCGGUGGAAGAAGAGAGAGCCUUGCUGCCUGGGGAAAAUCUGCCAACAGUUUCUCUGCACUUCCAGGUUGAUGUCCAUGCAGAACAGCAACAUGCUACCAAUAAUUGCUCUGAAGGUGAACUGGAAGCGUCACACUUGCAUCAGGCUAGAGGGGAUGGGGAUCUGGAUCUGGAUAGUAAACCCUUGGAGGUGCCACCAAAUGGGGAGAAUGGGAUUGAAAACAGCAGAGUUGCGCAGGACUCAGAUCAGGAAGCUUCAUCCCAGAAGCCCUCUCAGAACAUUGCAGUGCAGACUGACUUCAAGACUGCUGAUCUGGAGGUGAACACAGAUCAAGAUAUUGAAAAGAACUUGGGCAAAAUGAUGUCUGAAAGGGCCUUGUUGAAGGAACGUUACCAGGAAGUGCUAGACAAACAGAGGCAGGUGGAGAAUCAACUCCAGGUGCAGCUCAAGCAGCUCCAGCAACGAAGGGAAGAAGAGAUGAAGAAUCACCAGGAGAUCCUGAAGGCCAUUCAGGAUGUGACGAUCAAACGCGAAGAGACCAAGAAGAAGAUGGAGAAAGAGAAGAAAGAAUUCUUGCAAAAGGAGCAGGAUCUGAAAGCCGAAAUUGAGAAGCUCUGCCAGAAAGGCAGAAGGGAGGUUUGGGAGAUGGAACUAGAUAAGCUGAAGAACCAGCACAAUGAGAUCAAUAGGAACAUCCUGGAGGAAACAGAAAGGGCUUGGAAAGCAGAGAUAUUGUCCUUGGAGAGCCGGAAGGAGCUGCUGGUUCUGAAACUAGAAGAAGCCGAAAAAGAGGCGGAGCUACACCUCACCUACCUCAAGUCAGCGCCACCCACGCUGGAGACCAUACGACCCAAGCAGGAGUGGGAAAUGAGGCUGAACAGGAUACGAAUGACCAAAGAAAGUGUCCGGGACCAGUUCAAUGGUCACAUCCAGCUGGUGAGGAAUGGAGCAAAGCUGAGCAGCCUGCCCUCAGAGACAGAGUUCAUGAUGCCGGCAUUUCAGCCCAAUCCAUCCCUUACCCCCAGGCUCCCGUUCCCCAUUGGGCCGGUCCCAGUUCCCAUGCUCAUGCCUAGUGCUGAUCCUCGGGCGCUCUCCUUCCCGCUCCUGAACCCUGUCAUCUCCAGGCCUAAUCAGCCCUCACCCCCUCUGCCUGCUUCCCAAGGGAGGAACAGCCCUGUAUUGGCAUCUCUUGUCAGCACCCACGGCCCUCACAUGACAUCUGCUGCCUCUAUCCCGCCUCCGCCAGGGCUCGGAGGAGUCAAGGGUGCUCAUGAGUUUCACAGGCCACAGCCGGUCGAUAAGCUGGAAAAGAUCCUGGAGAAGCUCUUGGCUCGAUUUCCCCAGUGUAACAAGGCCCAGCUGACGAACAUACUGCAGCAGAUCAAGACAGCGAGGAGAACCAUGGCAGGGCUGACCAUGGAAGAGCUCAAUCAGCUAGUAGCAGCGAAGCUGGCCGAGCAUCAGGGCGCAGCAGUGGGCGCUCAGCCACUUGGCCGAAUCAGGGCCCCCAUGUUUCCUGCUCCUCUGCCCCAGAUCAGCGCCCCUAUGUUCCUGCCACCGGCUCAGGUGUCUUACCCAGGGACACCGUCACAUGCCCCCGCUACCUGUAAGCUGUGUCUAAUGUGCCAGAAACUCGUGCAGCCCAGCGAGCUCCACCCGAUGGCCUGUUCUCACGUGCUCCACAAGGAGUGCAUCAAAUUCUGGGCCCAAACCAACACAAAUGACACUUGCCCCUUUUGUCCAAGUCCUAAAUGACAGCCACUCAAACAACGCAUCUGUGUUGGAGACGUCGCUGUGAAUAGGCAGGAUCGGUUCUGAGAUUUCUACAGUUCUAUAUUUAUACAACCAUGUAUACACAUGUACAUUUUUAUUAUAUAGGUAAUGUGUGUAUAGAAAGUCUGUAUACAUACGAAUUCAUAAAUAAAAGUAUGUAUAUUAUGCAUA